AUGACGAGCUACCGAGUCAGUCCGGAGUUGAUCCUCGACAUCGCCGACCACUGCGACCGAGCGACGCUGAGGACGCUGAUGCAAGCCAGCAAGGCAAGUCAUUACCCAACCCAUCCGCACACCAACCAUCAUUUAGCCCCGCCAGUCCGGCCGGGGCCGGGUAUCGCGUCGCACAUCAAUGCCUUGAUCUCGAACAAUGAGCGCAGCAUCGCCGCGGCCAAACUCAAGACGUUCCUGCUACCGCCCUUGGGUGAGGUCCUGUCUUCUGAGGACGAGAGGCGAUGUCGAAUCACGGGAAAGUACUCCUUUGCCACCAUUCAGGAGAUGGAUUUGCGCGAGCGACGGAUGAGUUCCAUCCUUGACAACAGCGGAUUUCUCCUCACCGACGACAUCAAGCCACUGGGUAUGACUGAUGAUUCACUCGCGAGGUUCAAGGCCGGGCUCAAGCGCGGUCUCUACAUCACCGACCGGCUCGCCGAUCUUGAAACACGGCCAGAAGUCCGGCAUGUCCAGAACAACAUUACCUUGCGGCUGUCCUCAUUGCAAGUCGGCGGUGAUAGUGUUGGCGGCGCCGUCAAUGAGAAUGACCUUGAUAAGAUCGAGUCAUUUGACGACGAGGUCAUGCUACAACACGACGCAGAGAUCGAGGCUCAGCACUCGGCCGUCAUGGUCCACCGAAACCUUCAAUUCGAGAUGAUUCAUGAGCUGGCGACGCUCGACCUUGCCUGGCUGCUCACCUUGGGCGAGGGAGCAAUCAAGGGCUGUACGCGGUAUUUCGAGAAGAUGUUCUUGUCGGACCCUGCGGGAACCCAGUACAAAGUAGUAGCCUUUAAGGAAGAGCUGUUACGCAAGGGUUCCUUCAUCCUGUGGGCAUUUGUCCGCGGCGUCGGUUCAAUGGAUGCGUUCGCCAAGAACUCCCUUAAACAAACUGGUGAGGAGAUCAUGGGCUUCGAGAUCGGGCAGCACCAGAACUGCGGGCUGUCUUUGGUUGUUCACCAGGAGAUGAGACAGCGGGUUCUCGAGGAAAUUCGGCGCAAGGACCCCCUUUUCGUCGACGAUGACGAGGAAGAGCUCAGCCCCGCGAGAGUCAUGGCGGAGGCGCAUCGCAUGAUCGGCGAGGAGAUCGGCCGCAAGAACUGGCACGGGUACAGCAGCAUUGUGUACCCGCCUGUGGAGUGA